UGGCAAGGUAGGCAGGAGAGGAGAGAGCAGCAGUGGAAGGUAUUGUGGAAGACGCUGCCAGGAUCGUUACGUCAUGUUGCUUGCUUGCGCCUCCCUCCUCCCUCACACUGCCUCGCUCACCCCGUCACCUGUCCCCCUCCUCUUACCUCGGUCACGCUGACAAAACCUGACUAUUAGUUCUUCCUCGCACGAUUGUCAGUGCCAGACCUCUCAACAGAUGACAGGUGAAUUAGGGGUACUUAUCUUGAUGAGAGGGGCACCUUCACCCUGGCAGACCUUUACCCCACCUUGAAUCUGUUGGUUUACCAGAAAGGAAUUCAAAAGUGAAGAUAAAAGUAUGGCAAGGGUGUAUGUUGGAGGAUUACAUUACAAUUGUAAGGAGAGAGAUUUGGAGAGGUUUUUCAAGCGUUAUGGCAGACUUCGUGAUUGUUUGAUAAAAAAUGGUUACGGAUUUGUGGAGUUUGAGGAUGAGCGGGAUGCUGAUGAUGCUGUGUAUGAAAUGAAUGGCCGUGAGCUUCUCGGUGAAAGAGUCACAGUUGAACAUGCAAGAGGGCUACCAAGAAGAGGGGGAUAUUCUGGAUUUGGUGGUGGGGGUGGUGGCGGCGGCGGAGGUGGUGGUGGUGGCGGCGGUGGCGGUGGUGGAGGAGGUGGAGGACGUGAUCGUGAUAGAGAUCGUCGGCCUGCUUGGCUUGACAGCCGAAAAGCAGCGGAGAGAGGAAUGGAUAGCAGCAAUUCGAAGAGAAAGAUGGCAUCCCACAAAACAUUUGGCUGGUAUGGCCCACCAACCCGGACACCCUACAGGGUCAUCGUUGAAAACCUUUCAUCACGCAUCAGUUGGCAGGAUCUCAAGGAUUAUAUGCGUAAAGCUGGAGAAAUUACAUUUGCUGAUGCUCACAAACAUCGUCGUUAUGAAGGUGUUGUGGAGUUUGCUACCCGUUCAGAUAUGAAGAGGGCCAUUGACAAGUUAGACGAUACUGAACUUAAUGGGCGACGCAUUCGUUUGAUUGAGGACCGUUCUCGAUCAAGAUCUCGCUCGCGUCGUCGUUCAAGGACAAGAUCGCGGUCACGGUCCAGGAGGUCUCGUUCACGCUCAAGGUCACGUACAAGAAGCCGGUCUCGUUCUCGUGGGUCACGAAGAUCUCGCUCUAAGUCACGAUCUAGGUCUAGGUCAAGGGAUUCACGUUCACGGUCAAGGUCAAGGUCACAUUCAAGGUCACGUUCAAGAUCAAGAUCCAAGUCACGCUCCAGAUCAAGAUCGAAAUCCAAUGAUGCAAAGAGAUCAAAAUCUAGAGAACAUGAUAGCCGCUCAAGGUCUGGUUCUCGCAAGUUGUCGCCAGAACCUACUAGCAAAUCUAAAGAUGACGACCAAACCCGAAAUGAGUCCCGCAGUCGCUCAAGGUCCAGAUCACGCUCUCCUGUAAAUGCAAAACUGGAAGUCUCAAGGUCACACUCACGAACACCAUCUCGAUCACCUAGACCUAGAGAAAGUCGUUCACGAUCACAGUCUCCUCAAGAGAACGGACACGACCAACCUGAUAAUGAAUAAGGAUUUCAUUUAGGGCUUAAAUAAUAUCAUUAUAAAUAUGCUGAUGAUAUUUUCAAAAAGUAAUAAGCAUAUUAAGAUAUCUUUAUUGAUGAAAACUUUUUUUUUUAAAGCUUAGUUUAAUGCAUCAAAGGUACAUUACAAAAGAUCGCUAAUUUGACAUAUUGUAUUUAUAUCCUAUUAUGGUGAUACAAAGAAACUGAUUUGAUAUACUGUACUUCAUCCCAUUAGGGUGAUAGUUGUGUGUGGUUUACAUGAAGGCACUGUAUGAGGGUAGACCUGAUAGUAAUCCUUGCCAUUUUAGUGUAAACAGCAUGAUUAAGUUCUUUGUAUAUUUCUUGCCACUUAAAAAAAAUUCUUGUUCUGGUUAUUUUUGUGUAAUUGAUUCACAACUUGUAAUGAAUAUAAUGGGUGUCAUUCAUCGUUUCUCUUAAAUGUCGGAAUAUGGUUAAGUUCAUUAAGCAAAAAUGUGUUGUUAAAUUUUUAAGUUUAUUAUUCAGCUAUGGUUUGCUAAAAAUAGUACAAAUAACAUCUUUCUGGCAUUUUUUGUGUGAACAUUUGUUGGCAAAUCAUUUGUAUUUCCAUAAUGUAUUAGCAUCAAAGUUUGUAUGGAAUAGAUGCACUUGGCAAAUUAUCGUGUUAUUUAGGGGUUUGGGUCACCUUUCAUUUUGAACUGAAAAUGUUUAUGAAGGAUAAACUUCAAUCUUUCAUUACAAUGGAUAGAUUUGUAUUGUUUGUAAUAUUUCUAUGCUGGUUUUUAAUAAUGUAUUUAUUAAUAAGUAUAUUAAGAAAAUAACUUAAGAAUCUAGAUACUCAUUUCCCUAUAUAAGUAUGAUAGUUUUGCCAAAUGUUGUCCAAUAUUAAAAAUAAACUAUUAUGGUAAGAUGAAACUAUA